AUGAUCUACGGAAGGCAUUUCGUUCUUCAGAUCGAUCACAAGCCGUUGUUAGCGAUUUUCGAUUCAAAGCAUGGUAUUCCGCCAUAUACAGCAAACCACCUCCAACGAUGGGCACUAACCAUGCUUCUGUACUACUUCCGUGUCGAGUACAUUUCCACUGACCAUUUCGGACAUGCAGACAUUCACUUGCGUUUAAUUAACGCGUAUGUUAAACCCGACGAAGAACACAUCAUUGUAUCGAUUGAGAUUGAAACAGUUAUCUGCAGCAUUGUCUGUCAGUCCAUCGAUCGUCUCCCUGUGUUCGUUAAGACGAUAUCCGCCGAGACCAGCAAGUACCGGACGUUACAGAAAGUCGUGGAGUUCGUAUAUAAAGGAUGGCUAAGUGAUGCAAAAGCUCUCUCCGGAACACUUGAGGUACAGCAGCUGUUUGCGCGUCGGGAUUCGCUGUAUUUCGCGCAAAAUGUUUUGAUGUACGGUGAACGGAUUGUCAUCCCGAAGAAACUACAACAGAAAGUCCUCGAGUAA